AUGGCUGGAGAUAAACCUUGGCCUGAAGUGCCCAUUGGAAACAAGGACCAUGCCAAUGCAGCAGUUGUGAUUAUAGGAGCCGGUAUAUCAGGCAUGUGCACGGCCAUCGACCUGAUCAAACAAAACAAUUGCAAAAACUUCAUCAUCCUCGAGAAGAGCAGUGGAGUUGGCGGCACAUGGCACGACAACAAAUAUCCCGGAGCCUGCUGCGACAUCUGGUCGCAACUUUACUCAUACUCCUUUGCCCAGAACCCCUCCUGGACACGCGAAUACCCCGGUCAAGAAGAAAUCCUCUCUUACUUGAUGGGCGUAGCUUCCCACUACAAUCUCUACCAACACAUCCGCUUCAAUAGCACCGUCGAGAAUGCAACCUGGAAUGACGAAACCAAGAAAUGGAAGAUCCAUGUUAGCACGGCCAAAGGCAGCAAAGAUGCCGAGUUCAACCCCGAGUAUGAUAUCAAUGCCGACUUUUUGGUCUCUGCCGUGGGUCAGUUGAAUGUACCCAAGUGGCCUGAGAUUCCUGGAUUGAAGGAGUUUGAGGGCAAGCUUAUCCAUUCUGCCAGGUGGGAUUGGAGUUAUGAUCUCCAAGAUAAGAAAAUUGCUGUCAUUGGGAAUGGCGCCACUGCCGUCCAAAUCAUCCCCGAGAUUGCAAAAGUAGCCAAGGAGGUUGGGGUUUACCAACGCACACCUAAUUGGGUGAUUCCUCGCUUGGAUGCUCCCAUCUCUUCCUGGACGAGAAGUCUGUUCAAAUACGUUCCUCCCCUGAUGUGGCGUAAACGAGCCCUCCAAAUGGAUUUCCGCGAAAGCAUCUUUGGGGUUAUCGGAGAACCUACCUCUCAAGGCGCCGACGAGAUCAGAAAGCUGAAUCAAGACAUGCUGGAUGCUGCAUUCCCUUCCAACCCAGAAAUGCAACAGAAACUGAGGCCAAAUUAUAGUCCAGGAUGUAAGAGGUUGAUUAUCACCGAUGACUACUAUCCGACUUUGGCAUUACCUCACGUCCACCUCUUGACUGAGAAAAUCUCUGGCAUUACAAAGACUGGUAUUGAAACUGAAGGAGGACAGCAACACGACUACGACCUCAUUGUUCUAGCUACCGGAUUCCAAACUUUGGAUUUCAUGCACCCGAUUCAGAUGCAAGGGUACAACAAUACCCCUCUCUCUUCCAUCUGGUCCCAAGGCGCCAAAGCCCUGUACGGCAUUACCGUCUCUGCCAUGCCUAAUUUCGCGAUGUGUUACGGACCAAACACCAAUCUCGGCCACAACAGUAUCAUCCUAAUGAUAGAAGCGCAAUCCCGAUACAUCAACGCUUUGAUCUCUCCAGUCCUCUCGGCCAGAAAACAAAACACUGCAAUCAGCAUCAGACCCAAGAAAAAACGUAUGAACGAAUACAACAACAACCUCCAGACCGAACUCAGCCACUCCGCCUUUGCAGACCCCAAUUGUAACUCUUGGUAUAAAACCGAGGAAGGGUUGAUCACAAACAACUGGAGCAAAACCGUCAUAGAGUAUCAAGAAAUGAUUGCAAAGGUAGAUUGGGAAAAUGACUAUGAAGUUGAAGGUGAUGGGAAGAAAGUGCUGGAGAAAAGGAAGGUGGAGAGGAUCGGUAGAGUCAAGGAGGAGACGGCGGUUAGUAAUGGGGCUUUGGGGGUUAUGGGGGUGGUUAGUGUUGCUGCUGUUGUGGCUGCUGGGUGGGUUUUGAGGAAUGGUGGGAGGUAUGGGGCUGGGUUGAGGGUUAGAUGA